AUGGACAAUCUGACCAACAGCAGCUUGGCUGACCAUCUCCUGGUUAGCUACAUCCUGGACUAUGAGGUUCCUCCAGAAGAGAUCCCAGACACAACAAAGGGUUUGGCCUUCUUUGUGGCCACCAUCAUCAUCAGCAUGGUUCUGGUUAGCAUCAUGCUAAUCUGUGGCGUGGGAAACUGCCUCUUCAUCGCCAGCUUGGCCCGUUUCAGGCAGCUCAGGAACCUGACCAAUCUGUUUAUCGUCAACCUCGCGGUGUCUGAUGUCCUGGUGGCCGCCGUGUGCUGUCCCUUCCUGCUGGACUACUAUGUGGUGAAGAAGCUGUCGUGGGACCAUGGCCUCCUGCUCUGCGCCUCCAUCAACUACCUACGAACCGUCUCACUGUAUGUGUCCACCAAUGCACUGUUGGCCAUCUCUGUGGACAGGUACCUGGCUAUCCUCUACCCUCUGAAGCCUAGAAUGCAGCACCAGACGGCCUACUGCGUGGUUCUCACCAUCUGGAUCGUCCCCAUCUUCAUCUCCAUCCCAUCAGCCUACAUGGCCUCAGAGACCACCUACCCCCACAUCGAAGGUCACGCCCACAAGACGUUCUGUGCUCAGAUCUGGCCCGUGGACCAGCAGGCCUACUACCGCUCCUACUUCCUCCUCAUCUUUGCUCUAGAAUUCGUAGGCCCUGUAACAGUCAUGACCAUCUGCUACGCUCAGAUCUCCAGGGAGUUGUGGUUCAAGGACAUUCCAGGUUUCCAGACGGAGCAGAUCCGGAAGAGGCUGAGCAGACGUCGCAGGACCGUGGUGGUGUUGAUUCUGGUGCUGGUGGCCUACGUCCUGUGCUGGGCGCCAUACUACGGUUUUGCCCUGUUGCGGGACUUUUAUCCAACAAUCAUCUCCAGGAGCAGGAACUCCCUGGUGGCGUUCUACAUCAUCGAGUGCAUCGCCAUGAGCAACGGGGUCAUUAACACCCUCUGCUUCAUAAGUGUCAGGAGCAACAGAAAGCCCCUGAAGGUGGUGAGAAUGUUUCCUCUGAAGCUGAUCGCUUUUACAGCCAGAAGGUCCCUGGAUGAAGGGGAGGCACAGACCUCCUCGCUGCGGGUGACUGAGAUCCUGGAGGGACCUCGGCUGAGGAUCAAGCUUGAUGACUCUUUAAAGACUGAGGCUCAUCACCAGGAACAGAUCCUACCAUCCAACGACUAA